GAUGUCAGACUGGUGUGGCAAUAGUCGUCAUGUGAGAGCUGAUGAUAUAAAUUAAACAUGGCGGCAGCGAGUGUCCCAAAGCAACGCCGCAGUUAGCCAGUUAGCUGACUAACGUAGACAAGCACAUCAAUGUCCAUAAACUGGAACUCGAACUGAAAGAAAGCAACACACUACGUGUGAAAACAACCGAAGUGGCGUUAAAACGAAGGGCAAAGAAAUACAAAGGCAUCAAAACGCCUCCGGUUUUUGCAGAUCACUGCUCUGAUUGUCAGCGAUGGCUCACACCGACCCCAGCUCCGACGCCACGCCCUUCUUCGGCGACGACGACGACAACGAGGCGGAGGGGUCCGGGGAGCCGGAAGCGGGGCUCGGCGCAGAGGAGUCGGCCAGCGGGGUGUCCAAUCGGAGGGCCUAUCUGACCGUGGGCGUGCUCUGCUACAUCAACCUGCUGAACUACAUGGACCGAUUCACUGUGGCUGGUGUCCUUCCAGACAUUGAGCAGUUCUUCGGGAUUAACGACGGCGAGUCUGGGCUCCUGCAGACAGUGUUUAUCUGCAGCUAUAUGUUUCUGGCUCCGGUGUUUGGUUACCUUGGCGACAGGUACAACAGGAAGCUGAUAAUGUGUGCUGGCAUCAGCUUCUGGGCUUUGGUGACUUUAGCCAGCUCCUACACCCCCAAAGAUCAUUUCUGGGCGCUGCUCCUCACUCGGGGUUUGGUGGGGGUGGGAGAGGCCAGCUACUCGACCAUAGCCCCCACCAUCAUUGCUGACCUCUUCAUCAAGGAGAAGAGGACCAGGAUGCUGUCAGUCUUCUACUUUGCCAUCCCUGUGGGCAGUGGCUUUGGCUACAUUGUGGGCUCCAAAGUGGAUGAUGUGGCUCAGGACUGGCACUGGGCUCUACGGGUAACCCCAGGUCUGGGACUGCUGGCGGUGCUGCUGCUCUUCGUGGUGGUGAAAGAGCCCAAGAGAGGAGCCAUCGAGGCUCGUCCAGAGCACAGCCUGCACAGGACCAGCUGGACUGCGGACAUCCAGGCCCUCAGCAAAAAUAAGAGCUUCAUCCUCUCCACCUUUGGCUUUACCGCCGUGGCUUUUGUGACGGGGUCUCUGGCCCUCUGGGCCCCAGCCUUCCUGCUCAGGGCCGCCAUCUUCACCGGAGAAAAGCCCCCCUGCCGCUCUGGGCCCUGCGACACCUCCGACAGCCUGUAUUUUGGGAUAAUUACCUGUGUGACGGGAGUCCUGGGCGUGGCCAGCGGAGUGGAGGUGAGCAGGAGGCUGAGGAUGAGGACCCCUCGGGCCGACCCGCUGGUCUGUGCGGCCGGCCUGCUCCUGGCCGCUCCCUUCCUCUACCUCGCCAUCGUCUUCGCGCAGGCCAGCACCGUCGCCACCUAUGUGUUUAUAUUCUUUGGAGAGACCUUCCUGUCCAUGAACUGGGCGAUAGUGGCGGACAUACUGCUGUAUGUUGUCGUGCCAACACGCCGCUCGACAGCUGAAGCCUUUCAGAUUGUGGUCUCCCACCUGCUGGGGGAUGCAGGGAGCCCCUACCUCAUUGGAGUGGUGUCGGACUCCCUGCGGAAGUCGGACUCGUACCUGUGGCAGUUCCGCUCCCUGCAGCUGUCCCUCCUGCUCUGCUCCUUUGUGGCUGUGGUGGGCGGAGCCUUCUUCCUGGCCACCGCCCUCUUCAUUGAGAAAGACAGGAACGAGGCGGAGAACUACGCACCCUCAGGCGAUGACCCGAUCGUCGUGCCUAAGAGAGGGAGGUCCACGAAGGUGCCCGUUUCGAGCGUUCUGAUUUGACGACGGGAGGAAGGGACGCUGGGAAACCCGCGGAGCCGCGUCCCGCGCGCGCUCGCCCGAGAGGAAGUGGCGAAGCUUCUCGGCCGCGUUUCGCCGCCGCCGCGCCUGGACGGUCGUUAAUCGGACUUCGUUUCCUCUCUAGGGAAUUUUUUUCAAACGGUUAUUUAUUACUAUUGUAAUUCUUUUUUUUUUGGUUUGUUUAUAUCGCUGUUUUGGGAACAUUUCCGAUUUGCUUGAAAAACGUCAGAAGACACAUUAGCUUAAGACUUUAUGGAACUGAGUUUAGGAUAGCCGUACGGAUGUCCUGUACCUGCUCUGUCUGCGCAUCCGUCCGCAUCACCCAGUCCCUGCUCUUACCUUAGUAAACUCACCUGGCUGGGAUUACUGCAUGUUAAUGACGGAUGGCUGCGUGUGUGUCACAGUUCCGGUGCUGCCACUAGGGGGCAGCGACAGCCAGCAUGGGAGGUGUUCAUAUGAGGGUGACAGACCAUUUUCAGGGAGACAGGUUCAUGUAAUUAGAUCAGUUCAUCUGAGGGAGGCAUAUCGAGAGUAUUCUGGGUUCUUGGAGUGUAAAAAGGGUUAAAAGGGCACAAUACUGCAUUUUGAUGACCGUCACUAUUUUAAGAGUUUAGGGUGAUCUGGGAGAAAGUGCACCCUCGGUAGUUCCCCUGCAGUCCCCUUUACUUCACUGAAAUUGUGGGUUGUUGCUGAAUUCAACCUGUUCUUAAUGAGGAGACAGGCUAAAAACAGUUCAGGGAUAUUUUGUCACUUGUGUGUUUUGCUGUGGUUGCAGUACGGUAGUUUUUUUAAAAAGCACACGGGUGGAGUUUGGAGCUGCGGACCCCUCUGCUCCCUCGUCCAGAGCUCUAACCACUACGUCCCGCUCCGCCAUUGGCCUUUGCUCUAGAAAUGCCCCUGACUGCACUCCACCCUGCCCUGCGAUUGGUCCAGCGUGACCCUGACGGUUAAACUGCACCUGUCCGUGCAGACUUUUCCAGGGGGCUGGCCUUAGAGAAAGGAUUUACAGUCUCUGAGAUGGCCUUCAGUAUAGCCCCGCCUCCUAGCGGUCUGCGGCUUCUCGCAGUCCGCAAUCCGCUCUGCUCGUUUCCUCGUUACACUGUCCAUAUCGCCGGGUUUUGCGUCGGUCUCAGAUUAUUAAUCGUCAUUUUUAUUAGGUCAAUAUCAUUAAUAAUUAUGGUCCGUGUUGACCUAGCCAAUGCCUAAUAUUGUGUAUACUUCACUUAUCUGUCUAGAGGAUUAUGCUUCCAAAAGGUUUUUUAUUUUUAUUUUAUUUUUUAUUUUAUUUUUUUAACACUGGAGACGGUUUUCUUGUUUGGAAAUGAUAUGCAGGUUUUUUUUUUAAGGCGCCAUUUUGGUGCUGGACUUGGUGAGGGAAAUGGCGUGGAGAGACACAGGGUUUCUUCUGGUGUACAGUGGACUCAGGCUCUGGAGCUAAGGAAGUCUCACUACAGAAUUGAUCUGUCGCACCCUGGCCUCUGUGCUUACUGUCUCACAGCGAACCCUUAGCACUGCGGACCAUCUCCUCCCAGGCCAAUCGGCUGGCACGCUGACGGUCAUGUGAUAGCUAUGCCCUUCCUCACUGGUGUAAAUCUGAGAGGAGUUCCACCAAUCACAGAGCGCAAAGACAACAACUAUUAGAAUCAGGCCAGUGGUCAUUUAAAAAAAAAAAAAUCAUACUUCCUUGAUACCCACAGGGCACCUGGAAAUACGUGCACCGAUCACCGUUGGUGUUGGUUGGUUUGUUGUGACUGACGUACGUUGUGAUUGGUGGAGCUCAUCCCUUUUUCUGCAACGGUUCAUCUUCAGAAAGCAAUCAAGGAAUGCGAUGCGACUCAUCUGGAACAUUAAUAAGGAAUAAACUUGUGUGUAACUUCCUUGGUCGUGAAGAUGCAGUGUGACGGGAGGUUUAUCACCAGAUUCCGAGGAUGGGCUUCGGUUUCUUUGAUUUCUUUUUUUUUUUUUUUUUUUUUUUAAGGAAGACAAUUGUGGUAUAUUCUAACAGUACAUUAUGUUUGUUAUUUUUUAAAAGAAACAUGUAACAACGAUAUAAUUUUGCUUUUUGGUCUUUUGUUGUAACAUUUUUUUUUAAAGAUUAAAGGAUGAUUAAAAAUUA